AUGGCGAAUCAACAACCCGGGGACCCCUUCCUUGAAGUGCAAUCCGAUGUCCUCUCGACUCUCACCUCUACCCGCCACCUCUUCUCCAGCUACCUACGGAUCCGAACACUCUCGACAUCGAGCACAAGUCCCGAACUCCAACAAUCACGCGCGGAUCUGAAAUCCAACCUCGAAGCCGUAACGACCGACCUCGGCGACCUCCUAGACUCCGUCUCCGCCGUUGAAUCCGACCCUUACCGAUUUGGACUUGACGUGGCAGAAGUGCAACGGCGCAGGCAGUUCGUCAAGGAUGUGGGCGACGAGGUCGAAGGCAUGAGGCGAGAGCUAGAGGGCGUCACGCACGAUGCAAACGUUGCGGCCUCUACAACUAACGCCUCCGCUGGUAGCGGCGGCAAACUACGACGUCCGUCUUCUUUCGAGGACGAUCGCCGCUACGACGACGAUCCGUACGGCGAGUUCGAGACCCAGCAGCAACAGACCAUGAUGGCGGAGCAGGAUGAGCAGCUCGACGGCGUCUUCCAAUCGGUCGGUGUGCUACGCGGGCAGGCCGUGGACAUGGGCCGCGAGCUGGAAGAGCAAGGCCAGAUGCUUGCCGAGGUGGACACGCUCGCCGACCGCGUUGGGGGAAAGUUGAACGUGGGUGUGAAGAAGGUUGGAGAUGUCAUAAGGAGGAACGAGGAUAGUGUCAGCAGUUGCUGCAUCGCUGUGCUGAUUGUGGUAUUGAUCAUUCUAUUGAUUUUGGUCAUUGUUAUAUGA